CUCGCGGACUCUAGCGCCCCCUGCGUUCUGGUUCGGUAUCUUUUACAUUACCAGAAUGGAGGAACUUGCUCUGAAGCUGAGUGCGGAUGGCAUCCAGAAAAAAGUGCUUUCUCCUGGAAAAGGGGAAAUCCUAGAGUAUCUGGAUGGCACGAAGGUGAAGUUUCAUUACCGCAGCAGCCUGUGUGACGGCACGGUGCUGGAUGACUCCAGGACCAUGGGAGGGAAGAGUAAGCCCAUGGAGCUCAUCCUGGGGAAGAAGUUUAAGUUGCCCGUGUGGGAGCGUGUGGUCAGCACCAUGCGGGUCUGUGAGAUCGCAGAGUUUACCUGUGACGUCAAGCACACGGCUCUGUACCCGCUGGUGUCUCAGUCUCUGAGGAACAUCAGCGUGGGUAAAGAUCCUCUGGAGGGACAGAGACACUGCUGUGGCAUCGCACAGGUCCACUCUCACCACUUACAUGGACACAAAGAUCUGGAAAAGCUCCAGGCCAACCCUCAGCCCCUGGUCUUCACCAUGGAGCUCCUGGAGGUUUUGCCUCCUGGCUCCUUCACUUUGGAGACGUGGGCGAUGUCGGAUGAGGAGAAGCUAGCUGCCGUGCCACAGAUCCACGAGGAAGGAAACGCACUCUUCAAAAAGGGAGACACGGCAGGAGCCACAGAAAAAUACUACAACGCCAUCGCCUGCCUCAAGAACUUACAGAUGAAGGAGCAGCCAGGCGAUCAGCCGUGGAUUAAGUUGGAUCUGAUGAUCACGCCACUGCUGCUGAAUUACUGCCAGUGUAAACUGAUCCAGGGUCAGUACUACGAGGUGCUGGACCACUGCUCCUCUCUGCUCAACAAGUACGAGGAUAACGUGAAGGCCUACUUCAAGCGAGGAAAAGCUCACGCGGCCGUGUGGAACGAAGCCGAAGCCCGAGCUGAUUUUCAGAAGGUUCUGCAGCUGGACCCUUCUCUCAGUCCGGCCGUGAGCAAAGAGAUCCAAGCGAUGGAGAAGCGCAUCCGAGAGAAGGAAAAAGAGGAGAAAGGACGCUACAAAAAUCUCUUCAACUCCAGCAGCACCUCAGCAGCAGCUACUAUGAGCUGAAACCGGCUUUCUGCAGUCGCUCCUGAAGAGAUGCUCCGUUACAGAGAGGCUGUAACACCUGAGCACAAGAACUCUUCAUCAUUUCAACACGAGCAGCUUUCUUGAUUUAUUUCCCUCACACACACCCCCUCAUUAACACUCUCACACAAUUACAACACAGAACAAUCCCUGCAGUGUAACUCAGGCUGGGUCCUAAACGCUAAAGUUCUUACAAAGCAGCAUGAUGAAGGACAGAGUCUUACACCGUGGUGGGGUCACUAGAUCUGACCUCUAGCGUUUGGGACACGCCCUAAAAGUGAGGUGAGAGGCUAAUUCAAAGGAACACACCUUUUGAUUUUGCACAAAAUUUAUAGGGACGACACCUCAGAGGCUGGAACCUGCAUGUGGGACACGCCCCCCGAGAGAGAGAGAGAGACAGACACGCCCCCUGAGAGAGACAAUCA